AGUACAGUAAACCAGCUAUGGACAGCAAGGUGCCUAGGCGACGAUAGGAAGAAAGGGUCGCUUCAGGCAGUCUGUGUUGGGACCGUCAACACACCUGUCGCUGUUGCAGAUGACACGCACGCACCAGUUUUCUUCAGCUAGAUUGUUCUUGAACAAGGCGGUGUUGGGGCAGCCCUUACACUAGAAGGACACGAACAUGGCGGCCUCCUUGAGACUGGGAUGUCAGGGGAUCCUGAACGGGAUAAAAUUAAUACGAACAUGUAGAGGAAUACCGCAGAGUCACCAUGGACAUUACAGACAUGUUUUUCAGUCACAAUCUCUGUUUGGAGCAGCUCCGAUGAAGGUGAUGAUGCCAGCACUCUCCCCCACCAUGGAAGAGGGCAGAAUCAUCAAGUGGUUGAAGAAAGAGGGGGAGUCUGUGAGUGCCGGGGACGCGCUGUGUGAGAUCGAGACAGACAAAGCUGUGAUAUCUAUGGACUCCAAUGAGGAUGGUGUUCUGGCCAAAAUCCUGAUCAAGGAGGGCAGCCAGAGUGUGCGUUUGGGUACUCUGAUCGCCCUCAUGGUGGAUGAAGGACAGGAUUGGAAGCAGGUGGAGAUUCCAGCACCAGAGAGCUCCCCAGCAGCUCCGCCGCCAACCCCCCCUUCCUCUGCAGCACCCACAGGAACUGUCUCGCGUAAAGUGGAACCACGUGUGGAGACUGGACAACUAAGGCUUAGCCCAGCUGCCAGGCACAUCCUAGACACUCACGGACUGGAUCCAGGACAGGCCAAACCAUCUGGGCCCAGAGGCCUCAUCAACAAGGAGGAUGCCCUCAACCUGUUGAAGCAGACUGGAUCCAGAGGACCAGCAGCAUCCAAAGUAGCAUCAGUCCCUUCUGCAGCUCCCCAGCCCCCACAGCCCUCACAGCCAGCACAUCCGACAUCCACCUCCCAGGCUUACCCACGGCCUUCCAUUCCUCCCAUCUCAGUCCCAGGAAAACCAGCUGCACCAGGCACGUUUACAGAGUUCCCCUCAAGUAACGUGCGACGUGUGAUUGCCAAGAGACUGACAGAGUCCAAGACCACCAUCCCCCACUCUUACGCCUCUAUCGACUGUGACCUUGGGGCUGUGCAGCAGCUGCGAAUGGAUCUUGCUAAAGAUGCGAUCAAGGUGUCAGUCAAUGAUUUCAUUAUCAAGGCAGCUGCUGUUACAUUAAAAGAAAUGCCAGAGGUGAACGUGACUUGGAGCGGGGAGGGGCCACAGUCAUUGGGCUCAAUCCACAUCUCCAUUGCCGUGGCAACCGAGAAGGGUUUGCUCACGCCCAUCAUACGAGAUGCCGCCACCAAAGGGGUGCAAGAGAUUGCAGCUAAUGCCAAGGCAUUGGCCCAGAAAGCUCGGGAUGGAAAGCUGCUACCAGAGGAAUACCAAGGUGGCUCAUUCAGCAUCUCUAACCUGGGCAUGUUUGGGAUCAGCGGCUUCAGCGCAGUAAUUAACCCCCCGCAGGCUUGCAUCCUGGCAGUGGGGCGCUCACGGCCCGAGCUCUCUCCCUGCCUAGACUCUGAUGGCAUCCCUGCACUGCGACAGCAGCAGAUCAUGACGGUGACUCUGUCCAGUGACGGGCGCCUGCUAGAUGACCAGUUGGCUGCUCAGUUCCUGGACAAGUUCAGAGCCAACCUGGAGAGGCCCCAGCGCAUGGCACUCAUCUGAAUAUUCCCGGGAUGGAUUAGAGAGGAACGACGUGAACUGGAGAGGAGGGGAGGAGGACCAUGUCAUCCUCUGUUUACUUGGUGUAAUAAAGUUCCAAACCGAUAUAAAGGGGGCUGAUGAAGUUGGUUGGCCACUUUGCACUUGCUGUUGUGGAAAAACCUGUGAAAUCUGAAAACUCUGAACCUUCCUGCAUUCUAGUAUUUUCAGUUUUAACAUCUUGAUUUAAACUAUCCUUUUGGUGACGGUGUGCUUCUUAAGCAAUUAAAGAUAUUAUGCUGUAGUCCCAGAACACUAGCUGCAUUGCUUUGUGAUGGACAACAGCAGCACAAAGUCGCUAACUGACUUGAUAGUCACCCUCUAUCUAUCUUCACAGGAUGUGUCAAAAGUUAUGCAAAAUGGAGGUUGUUCAUUUUAGUUCAACAAAUCCUCACCAAUUGCUGUCCUUGUUCUUUUAAACCCAUCUGAACGUGUCUGCUUUAAGCACUACGACUGUUACCUGAAAAGAAAAAAAGGGACUGACAAUGUUGCAAGACUUUUGGUCCACCCUGUAUGUCUUAUUUUUUCAUCAAGAUUAACACUGUAAUUAGUAUACAUAGAAUAUUAUGGCAGACUUCAAUUUGGAAAAUCUUGAAAUGGCAUGUGUGGCUUGACACUACUGGUUUGAAUGGCCCGCUCUCGUUCGUAAACGUUUUAAAUUUUCUUAGGAUGAUAUUUGGCUGAUCACCUUUCUCAUCACAAUACCCAUGUUCUCUGUGUGAAUGUGGUUCCUUUUCUCACUGUGUAGAGCACACCCUCUGAAACUGUAGACUUCACUGAAUAUUUCUUACCCAAAUCAGAAAGAAACUAUAACCCCAAACAUUCUUCAGUAAUAUUAUAAGAAGGUUUUGGAAAACAAUAUAUUGUUUCUCAGUAACAUUCUGUGAUUAAGGUAUUUGCCCAAACAUUUGUUUUUAUUUAGUAUUACUGAAGAAAACCUAAACAUUAAAUUGACCACAGCAGUUGUGAAUGCAGUCUGUUACAAAAGUGUUUUUUUUUUUUUUUUUUUAAGACCACAGAAUGGACAAUCUCAUCGUUAUUCUUGAUGUAUUUAUUUUGUUUUCUGUCCAUUCCCUUGGUGCACUUGUAAGAUCAUUUUCAGUGAAUGAACUCUGCUGUAGGUGGCCAAUAUCUUAUGUCAUGAUUCUGCUAGACCACGCAGUAAAUCUAUGUUUAGAAAAGAUAAGUGCCUAUCAAAUGGGAGAUUAGGCAUUUUGGCCAAAAUGUGCUGUUUUGACUUGUAUUUGAACCGUUAAUGCAAUAUUUUAGGAACCCAGCUAUAAUUGCAAUAAAUUAAGUUUUACUCUGAAAACCAAAUGACUAACUUUGAGCCAAUGGGGUAUCAGUACAUUUUAUAACCAUAAAAACUUUUUUUCCCAUAAAACAAACAUUUGAUGUGCUGCAACAAAUUAAAUAUCGCCACUGAAUUAUUGUUUUCAAAAUAUCAGGUGGCUGAUUUCCCACCUUGGCACACUUCCUAUACAGUUAUAUAUAGUUCCUCAGCUUACCCAUCGGAAUUCUAUAUGAAGAGCAGUGAAUCAGUGAAGGGCCCUUUCACAGUUGAUAGAACGUGUAAAAGCUACUGUGGACCGUAAGUAAGCACAGUAUAUUGCAGCCCUGUGUACGACACAUUUUUCUAGUUUGUUGUACACCCCAGGUGUUAAAAUUUUUUUUUUUUUUUUUUUGUGAAUGCCAGUGAUCAAAUCAACAUGAUUUGGUUAGUUCAUACCGCUUCUCCCCUCGAUUUAGUGAUCCAACACAUGACUGGAGACUUGCCAUUGGUAUCUAAGUUACACAGGAAGCUAUUGUGUAGAAGAGAAAAAGGUCUUGGUUGUACAGAGCUUUUUAUCAUUCUAAGCUUCACUCGCUGAGAAUGACAUCAUCACGACCACGCAUUUUUCUGGGAAAUCAUCCAGGAGAAAUAUGUAUCAGAAUUUGACAUUUAUUUCCUGUUAUUUUGCUUUUGUGCGAUGGUACAGCAGCUUCACGCCAUAACACUGCAUUCUGGCAGUCUCAUUCAUCAGGAUACUGUGUUGUUUUUGUCUGGUCCCCUAAAGGUACCCUUUAUUUGACUGCAUCACAAAACUGGUGGUAUCUCCAACAGGUGGGAUGGGGUACUGCAUAAGGGAUGCAGCUUUCACACCUCUAGCUAACUGUUUAACUUCAAGAGGUUCAAAGUGAUGUUACAGGGAAGGAAAGGCAUUCCUUCCCCACUCUUGGAUAUUAUCCUAUAUGAUUCAUGUCUGAACAUUGUUUUGUAAAUUAUUAAAGUUAAUGUGUUAUAAUUAAGAGAUAAAUAAAGUUUAAUUCCCUGACUACCCUGUCAA